AAAAAAUUCAUCAAAUUCAUUUUCCAAUUACUCUAUUGCAGCAAUGGGAUUCUUGAAAAUUCUUCUUAUCCUCAUAUUUUGCUCUUUCCUAAAGCCUAGUAUUCAGAGUGAUCUCGAGACUUAUAUAGUCCAUGUUGAAUCACCUGAAAACCAAAUUUCUAGUCAAUCAUCGUUAACGGAUUUAGAGAGCUAUUACCUUUCUUUUUUGCCUAAAAGUACUAACGCAAUUAGCUCGAGUGGAGAUGAAGAGGCUGCUAGCAUGAUCUACUCCUACCAUAAUGUGAUGAAAGGCUUUGCAGCAAGAUUAACUGCAGCACAAGUGAAGGAAAUGGAGAAGAAACACGGCUUUGUCUCUGCUCAGAAACAGAGGAUUUUGUCCUUGCAUACUACUCAUACUCCAAGCUUUCUUGGUUUGCAACAGAACAUGGGCUUGUGGAAAGAUUCCAAUUUUGGAAAAGGUGUGAUCAUCGGAGUUCUAGACACUGGAAUUCUUCCUGAUCAUCCUUCAUUUAGUGAUGUUGGGAUGCCUCCCCCGCCUGCUAAGUGGAAAGGAGUUUGUGAGUCCAAUUUCACCACAAAGUGUAACAACAAGCUCAUUGGAGCCAGGUCUUACCAACUUGGCAGCGGUUCCCCGAUAGAUGAUAAUGGACAUGGUACUCAUACAGCAGGCACAGCUGCAGGAGCCUUUGUGAAAGGUGCUAAUGUAUUUGGGAAUGCUAAUGGUACUGCUGUUGGUGUUGCUCCUCUUGCCCACAUAGCGGUAUAUAAGGUAUGUAGUUCUGAUGGCGGUUGUUCUGACAGCGAUAUUUUAGCUGCCAUGGAUGCAGCUAUAGAUGAUGGUGUAGAUAUUCUUUCAAUCUCCCUUGGUGGAAGUACAAAACCUUUCCAUGAUGAUGGUAUUGCUCUCGGGACGUAUAGUGCAGCAGAAAGAGGGAUUUUUGUAAGUGCCGCUGCAGGCAAUAGCGGUCCAUCGGUUGGCACUGUAGCUAAUGAAGCCCCGUGGAUUCUCACUGUUGGUGCCAGUACUCAUGAUAGAAAACUGAAGGCUGCUGUUAAGCUUGGAAAUAGCGAGGAAUUUGAAGGUGAAUCUGCUUAUCAUCCAAAGACUUCCAACUCAACAUUCUUCACUCUAUAUGAUGCUGGAAAGAAUGAAAGUGAUCAAUUUAGCGCGCCUUUUUGCAGUCCAGGCUCACUUAGUGACCCUGCUAUCAAAGGUAAGAUAGUCUUGUGUUUGCGAAGUAGAAGUCUUCUUAAGGUUGAUCAAGGACAAUCCGUAAAGGAUGCUGGAGGUGUUGGCAUGAUUCUCAUCAAUGAACAGGAAGAGGGUGUGACUAAAUCAGCUGAAGCUCAUGUCCUUCCUGCAUUGGAUGUUUCAAAUGCUGAUGGAAAGAAAAUUCUUGCCUAUAUGAACUCAUCUUCAAAUCCAGUUGCUUUAAUCACCUUCCACGGAACUGUAAUUGGAGAUAAAAAUGCUCCUAUAGUUGCUUCAUUUUCCUCACGAGGACCAAGCGUAGCAAGUCCUGGCAUCUUAAAACCUGACAUAAUCGGUCCUGGUGUUAAUGUCCUUGCUGCUUGGCCUACCUCCGUGGAUGACAACAAAAACACAAAAUCAACAUUCAAUAUUAUAUCUGGAACCUCAAUGUCUUGCCCUCACCUUAGUGGUGUCGCAGCUCUGCUGAAGAGCGCACAUCCUGAUUGGUCUGCUGCAGCUAUCAAGUCUGCAAUCAUGACAACCGCUGACACAUUAAACCUCGCCAAUAGUCCAAUACUAGACGAAAGGCUCAUUUCUGCGGAUCUCUUUGCAAUUGGUGCUGGACAUGUUAAUCCAUCGAGAGCAAGUGAUCCAGGACUAAUUUAUGAUACACCAUUCGAGGACUACGUUCCUUAUUUAUGUGGUUUGAACUACACAAAUCGGGAGGUAGGUAAAGUGUUACAACGCAAGGUGAAUUGCUCGGAGGUAAAAAGUAUCACUGAAGAGCAACUAAAUUAUCCUUCAUUUUCCAUCAGACUUGGAUCAACUCCUCAGACAUAUACCAGAACCGUGACCAAUGUUGGUGAUGCCAAAUCAUCUUACAAGGUGGAGAUAGUUUCACCAAAAGGAGUUGUCGUGAAAGUUGAACCCUCCGCGCUAAAUUUUUCAAUGUUGAACCAGAAGUUGACUUACCAAGUGACAUUUACCAAGACAAGUAAUAUCUCAACUACCAGUGAUGUUGAGGGAUUCUUGAAGUGGAAUUCUAAUAGGCACUCUGUAAGAAGUCCAAUUGCAGUUAGAGUGUCUGCUGAAUGAAACUAAAAUGCUUUCAAUCUAAAGUGUAAAAUAAGUGCAGAAAGUAGUCACAAUUAAUUAUAGUGGAUUGCUGUAUCUUUUCAUUAAAUGUUUUAUGUUACAUUUUUUAGUUCUCCAGGCAAGUAUAUGAUUGUAA